AUGACAACAUCGUUCAGGAAGCCAGAGCCUUUGAGAAACGUAACCAACAAGGCAGAUAAGGAGCCAGCAAAAACUACAGUGCGUUUGAACAGAAUAGAAGAAGUGGUAUAUAGACAGCAGAAAAUAGGCGACGAAUCGCAGAUAGUCAUGGUUGACAAGUACUCCGACGAUAUUUUCAAAUAUUUCCUGUCAAUUGACAAACCAUACACAUAUGCAAACGAAGGAGUUCCUUGGAAAAUGAGAAGCUUACUCGUUGACUGGAUUAUAGAUAUACACGAAAAGCUUGGAAUGUGCCAUGACACGUUGUUUCUUGCAAUCAAUUUAAUAGACAGGUUUCUUGGGUUGAGAGUGAUCCCCAGUUCGAAGCUUCAACUUGUUGGUGUAUCUGCACUCAUGAUAGCUUGUAAAUAUGAAGAGGUGGUGUGCCCAGCACUCCAAACAUUCGUGCUACUUACAGAAAAGACACUGACAGAUGAAGAGGUACGAAAAGCAGAAAAGUACAUGCUGCAUACCUUAAACUAUGAUUUGCAAUAUGUUUCUCCUUUGAAUUUUCUCAGAAAAUGUUCAAAAGCCAAUAACUAUGAGAUCAAUAGCAGAAUGGUUGGAAAGUAUUUGCUGGAGCUGAUGACUCUCUAUGAAGAGUUCUUGGCAUUUAAGGGAUCCAUAAGAGCUGCAACUGCAAUGUAUCUUUCAAGAAAAAUGACUUUGCACGAUCAAUGUAAGAAUUUAUUCGUGAUUUACUCAGGACAUACAAAAGAGGACAUACGAGAAUGUUUUAUCGCUCUUGUGCGUAUCAUAGGCGGAGACAUCCCCUUUGAAAACAUACAGAACAAGUAUAAUCUACCGAAGUUCUUUCAUGUAUCGUCAUUCGUCAAGGAAUAUUCAAAAAAACACUUCAGAUAG